AGCAUUAGUGAUCUCGAGUUCGAGCCCUAAAAUGAAAAAUGUCCUAAUAGAAAGCGCUAUCCUUAUUAAUGAAUUUUGUGCAACGCGAAUCCGGAUUAAUUGGGUAUGGAUACCGAACAGGGAAAAACAACCUAGAGAUGAAAAAAGAGAGUACGUCAGUACAUAUCUUGACAUUCCGUGAUCACCUAUUACAUCAUUCCGUCUAUAAAAACCCCUUCUUUUCACUCCCUUUAUUCAUUCUUACCAUCAACAUAUUAAUAAGAGAGACCAAAAAAAAAAAAGAAAAAAUAGAGAGAGAGAGAUGGCAUCAUCAAGAAGGGUGCAAAGAAAAAUGGCUGAUCGCAGUUAAAAAGAGCUCUAUAAUAUUGGAUGCCUUCCUUUACAUCAUCAAGCUGAGACUCCAGCUAGAAGCUAUCCAAAGAGAGUAUCACAACUUCUUAAACCAUGUCCAAGAAGUGAAGGUGGAGAAGCUUAUUGGGACAAGAUUUUUGGUGAAAGUGACUUGCAAAAAGGAGAAAGAUGUGCUAGUAUCAAUUUUGGAGGCGUUUGAAGAGAUGAAACUAAGUGUUGCCCAAGCUAGGGUUACAAGGAAGUACUUCUUUGGGAUGGAAGCUAUAGUUGAAGCUGAAAAUGAAACUAAUUUGGAUGUAAAAGCUUUGACUAAAGCACUUCAAAUGGCUAUCCAUAAGCAAAGUAUAAUGUAGUGAAAAUAUUUUGAGGAAAAUCUUGUUUGUUUUGUAGGAAUAUGAUAUUGUAGCUCUUGCUUUUGUUUUUAUUUUUAUUAUCCUUAAUUCUAGUUUGUUGUUAAUGUAAUGAAGGUAAAAAAACAUCACUUUCGUUUUGUUAGCUGUAAGGUAUGAAUGUGAUUAAGUGAAAGAGAAAAGACAAAAUUUUGAA